UGCACCUGUAAUAAAUGUUUUUAACAAUAAAUAUUUACAUUUAGUUUAAAUGAAGAAUGUCUCUCAAUUCACCUAAAUUUGAAGAAAAUAACUCAGAAUUUGUGGAGACAAAACAGUCACAAACUACUUCUGUAGCUUCAGAAGAUCCCCUUCAAAACUUAUGUUUAGCAUCUCAAGAUGUUCUUCAAAAAGCUCAGCAAAGUGGGAGGUCAAAGUGUCGCAAAUGCGGUGGAUCCAGAAUGUUUUACUGCUAUACGUGCUAUGUCCCAGUUGAAAAUGUACCUGUUGAACAGAUUCCACUUGUGAAGCUUCCAUUGAAGAUCGACAUCAUUAAACACCCAAAUGAAACAGAUGGCAAAAGUACUGCUAUACAUGCAAAACUUUUAGCACCUGAAUUUGUAAACAUUUACACAUAUCCUUGUAUUCCAGAAUAUGAAGAAAAGGACCAUGAAGUUGCACUUGUUUUUCCUGGACCUCAGUCAGUCUCCAUAAAAGAUAUUUCUUUUCAUCUGCAAAAAAGAAUUCAAGAUAAUAUUAGAGUUAAAAAUGAUGACCCUGACAAGCCAUCUGUUAAACGCAAAAAAACUGAAGAACUGGAGGACUGUGAUUUGAUUGACAGCAAGUGCAAAGACAUGACACUGAAAAAAAUAAUUUUUAUAGAUAGUACCUGGAACCAAACAAACAAAAUAUUGACUGAUGAGCGACUUCAAGGUAUUCCUGAAGGAGAAGAAAAGGAAAAAGGCAUCGAGAACUACUAAAUUAAGUAGUAGAAAAUUUCCCAGAGAAGUAGACAUUCAGAUACAAGAAGCUCAAAGAACUCCAAGCAGACUCAACCAAAGUCUUUUCCAAGGCAUAUUGUCAUCAAAUUCUCAAAAGUUAAACACAAGGAGAGAAUCCUAAAGACAGUAAGAGAAAAACAUCAAGUAAUAUAUAAAGGAAAACCAGUUAGAUUAACAUCAGACUUCUCAGUGGAAACCCUACAGGCCAGAAGAGAGUGGUAUGAUAUCUUCAAAGUCUUAAAAGAAAAAACCCUCCAGCCAAGAAUAUUAUAUAGCAAAACUCUUCUUUAAAAGUGAGGGAGAAAUAUUUUUCAGAUAAGCAAAAACUGAGAGCAUUCACUACCACCACACCAGCCUUAAAAGAAAUUCUGAAGGGCAUCCUGAAUUAGGAACUAAACAUCAUGAAAACACAUGACACCACCAAAUUCACUAACAGAGCAGGUAGAGUCAUUAUCCAAUCAACAAAAUGACAGGUCUUAGUUCUUAGCUAUCAGUACUAACCUUGAAUGUAAAUGGAUUAAAUUCACCAACAAAAAGACUUAGGUUGGAUGAAUAGACAAAAAACCAAGACCCCACUAUAAACUGCCUUCAAGAAACUCACUUCACAAAGAUAUACACAGACUGAAAAUGAAGGAUUGGAAAAAGGUAAACCAGGUACAUGGAAACUAAAAGCAAGCAGAUGUAGCUUUCCUGAUUUCAGAUAAAACAGACAUAUCAAAAACUGUAAAAAGAGACAAAAAAGUAAAUUAUAUUUUGAUGAAAGUUUCAAUUCAGCAAAAAAAAAAUAAUAACAUAAAUAUCUAUGUACCCAACACAAGACCAGAUUUAUACAUAAAAUACUACUAGACCUAAAAGGAGAGAUAGUCUCCAAUACAGUAAUUGUGGGUGACUUUAACAUUCCUCUCUCAUGAAUGGACAGACUAUCCAGACGUAAAAUCAAUAAAAAUACAUCAGAGUUAAAACACACUAUCAAGCAAAUAGACCCAAUACACACAAGACAUUUCAUCCAACAGACACAGAACACCCAUUAUUUUCAUCAGCACAUGGAACACUUUGAAUAGACUAUGUUUUAGACCAGAAAUUAAGUCUCAGCAAAAUUAAAAAGAUUGAAAUAACACAAGGUAUCUUCUCAGACCAUAAAGGGAUAAAACUAGAAAUCAACAAGAUCAAUAGAAUACUAUAAAUACUUAGAAAUUAAGCAGCAUACUACUGAAUGAUCAAUAGGUCAUUGGAGAAAUUAAAAAAAGAAACAAAAAACUUUCUUGAAAUAAAUAAAAAUGAAAACAACAUAUCAGAAUCCCUACAGCAAAAUCAGUAUUAAGAGACAAGUUUGUAGCAUUAAGUGCUUACAUUAAAAAGAGAGAAAUGUCUAAAACUGAAAAUCUAAUGAUACAUUUUGAAGACUUAGGAAAGCAAGAACAAACCAAACCUAGAAUCAGCAGGAGGCAAGAAAUAGUAAUAAUUAGAGCAGAAAUAAAUGAAAUUGAAACAAAAAGAUACAAAAGAUCAACAAAAAAAGUUGGUUCUUUGUGAAGAUAAAUAAAAUAGAUAAACCUCUAGCCAGACUAAUAAGAAAAAAAGAAAAAACUCAAAUAAAUAAAAUUAGAGAUGAAGAAGGAGUCAUUACAACUGAAACCACUGCAAUAUGAAGGAUUUUAAGAAACUACUAGGAAGAACUAUAUGCUAAUAAACUGGAAAACCUCAAAGAAGUGGAUAAAUUCUUGGAUUCAUAUAUCCUACCAGGAUUAAAUCAAGAAGAUACAGACGAUCUAAACAGACCCAUAACAAGCAAUGAGAUUGAAGCAGUAAUCUAAAGUCUGCCAUCAAGGAAAAGUUUGGGAGCUACUGAAUUCUACAAAACAUUCAAAGAGGAAGUACCUCCAGUACUCUCCAAACUAUUCCAAAUUUUUUAGUAAGAUGGAACUCUGCCAUACUCUUUAUGAGGCCAGAAUUACUUUGAUACCAAAACCAGAGACACGACAUGAAUAAACUACAGACUUUUAUUCUUAAUGAGCAUAAAUGCAAAGAUACUCACCAAAAUAUUAGCACAUUGAAUCUAAAACUACAUAAAAAAGAUCAUAUGUCAGGAUCAAGUGGGAAUUAUCCCAGAAAUACAAGGGUAGUUCAACAUUUGCCAGUCAAUAAAAGUCAUAAAUCACAUCAAUAGAAUGAAGAAUAAAGGCCCUGUGGUCAUCUCAGAAGUUGCAGAGAAAAUACUUGAUAAGAUUCAACACCAUCUGAUGAUAAAACCCCUCCACAAAUUAAGUAUAGAAGGAACAUUUUUCAAAAUCAUGAAGGCUAUUUAUCACAACUUAACAGCCAAUAACAUACCGAAUGGGGAAAAACUAAAAGCAUUUCCCCUCAGAUCUGGAACAAGACAAGGAUGUCCACUUUCGCCGCUCUUACUCAAUAUAGUACUGGAAGUUUUAGCAAGAGCAAUUAUGGAGGGGAAAGAAAAAUGGACAUUAAAAUUGAAAAAGAGCAAGUCACAUUAUCCAUGUUUGCAGAUGACAUGAUGUUGUAAAUGGAAAAACCUACUCUUCACUAAAAAGCUGUAGAAUUGGUAAACCAAUUCAGUAAAUUUGCAUUUUACAAAAUAGCAUACCAAAACAGCAUAAUAAUGAUGAACUUACAGAAAGAGAAAUCAAGAAAGAAAUCCCACUCACAGUAGACACUUACAUGCACACACACACACACACAAAUCAAAUUUUUAGGAAAAUUUACCCAAAGUGAAAGAUCUGUAUAAUGAAAAUUUUCAAGCAUGGAUGAAAGAAAUCAUUAGGACACAAAACAUUGGAAAGGUAUUCCUUGCUCAUGGAUUGGAAAAAUCAAUAUCAUUAAAAAGUCUAUACUAUCUAGAGCAACCUACAGAUUCAGUGAAAUCUCUAUUAAAAUACAAAUGACAUUCUUCACAGAAUUAUAAAAAGCAAUCCUAAAAUUCAUAUGGAAUCACAAAAGACCCAGAAUAGCCAAAGGGAUCCUGAACAAGAAAAAUCACGCUGGGAGCAUCACAGUACUUGGCUUCAAAGCAUACUACAAAGCUAAAGUAAGUAAGACAGCAUGGUACUGGCAUAAAAAACUAUACAUAGAUCAAUGGAAUGGAGUAGACAGCCCAGAAAUGAGUCAACAUACAUACAGUCAACUGAUUUUUGACAAAAGUGCUUCGACCCUCCAGUGGAGUAAGGAUUAUCUCUUCAACAAAUGAUACUGGCAAAAUUGGGUGUAUGUACAUAGAAGAAUGAAAUUAGAUGCAUACCUCUCACCGGAUAGAAAAAUCAACUCAAGGUGGAUCAAAGACCUAAAUUUAAGACCUGGGUCUAUAAAGUUGCUGGAAGAAAACAUUUAGGAAACACUCCAAGACAUAGGUGUAGGGAACGACUUCUUAAACAAGAUUCUCAAAGCAUAGAUAACAAAAGCAAAACUAAAGAAAUGGGACUAUAUCAAACACAGAAGCUUUUGCACAGCAAAGGAAAAGAUCAGUAGAGUGAAGAGACAGCUGACAUAAUGCGAAAAAUAUUUACAAACUACCUAUCUGACAAAGGGUUAAUAUCCCAAAUAUAUAAGACCUUAAAAAACUCAACAACAAAAAGCCAACCAGGCCAGCUGAGAAACGGGCACAGGGCUUCCAUAGACAAUUCACAAAAGAAGAAAUACAAAUGGCCAACAAAUAUAUGGAAAAAAUGUUCAGCAUCGCUAGCCAUAAGGGAAAUGCAAAUCAAAACCACAAUAAGCUAUCAUCCCACCCCAUCAGAAUGACUAAGAUCCAAAACGCAUAGAGUCACAAAUGCUGGUGAGGACAUGGGAUGUGGACAAAGGGGAACACUUAUAUAUUGUUGGUGAUAAUGUAAAUUAGUGCAGCCACUGUAGAGAACACUGUGGAGAUUUCUUAAAAAACAAAAACAAAACUGGAAAUAUACUUGCCAUAUGACUUGGCAAUCCUACUACUGGAUAUAUACUUCAAAGACUUGAACAAAAUGUAUCAAAGAGAUACCUGCACCACCAUGUUUAUAGCAGCACUGUUCACAAUAGUCAAAAUUUGGAAUCAACGAAGGUGUUCAUCAUCAAAUAAAUGGAUAAAGAAAAUGUAGAAUAUAUACAAAAUGGAAUAUUAUUCAGCCAUAAAGAAGAAUGAAAUUCUACCAUUCGCAGCAAAAUUGAACACAACUGGAGGGCAUCAUGUUGAAUGAAAUAAGCCAGAACCAUAAAGACAAGUAUUGCAUGUUCUCCCUCAGAUAAGGGGGCUAAAAUUGAAAGAAAAGAAAAGAAAAAGAAAAAAAGAAAUGUCUGUGUGUAUCAGCAUUGUUGCAAAUAUGGUUUUGUAAAACUUUGUUUUAUAUCUUUUUCAAAUAAAUGGUUAAGAAUGUUAUGCUACUAUAGGUUUAAGGAUAUGUGAUUACUUAAAAU